UCCUUAAAGGUCCUAGCACGCCAGCACGUAACAACUCUGAUAUCGGAGCAAACACAGUCCUUAGAGAUUAAACAAGGCUUUCUGCAGGCAGAAAAGAGGAUCUGGAAAUUAUAGCCACGAUGACGGACAGAAGCCCCUUUGAGACAGACAUGCUCACCCUCACCCGCUACGUUAUGGAAAGGGGGCGUCAGGCCAAAGGGACAGGGGAGCUCACGCAGCUGCUGAACUCCAUGCUGACAGCCAUCAAAGCCAUCUCCUCCGCUGUGCGCAAGGCCGGCCUGGCCAACCUGUAUGGCAUUGCGGGAAGCGUGAACGUGACAGGGGAUGAGGUGAAGAAACUGGACGUGUUAUCCAAUUCCCUGGUGAUCAACAUGCUACAGUCCUCCUACAGCACCUGUGUUCUGGUCUCGGAAGAGAACAAAGAAGCCAUUAUCACUCCCAAGGAGAAGAGGGGAAAAUACGUGGUCUGCUUUGACCCCCUGGAUGGAUCUUCCAACAUUGACUGCUUGGCCUCCAUUGGAACCAUAUUCUCUAUCUAUAGAAAGACGUCAGAGGAUGAGCCUUCUGAAAAGGAUGCCCUGCAGCCGGGCCGCAAUAUCGUGGCUGCGGGCUAUGCACUUUAUGGUAGUGCCACCAUGGUGGCUCUUUCCACUGGGCAAGGAGUGGACCUCUUCAUGCUCGACCCGGCUCUUGGUGAAUUUGUCCUGGUGGAGAAAGAUGUCAAGAUUAAAAAGAAGGGAAAGAUUUACAGCCUCAAUGAGGGCUACGCCAAGUAUUUUGAUGGUGCCACCACAGAAUAUGUGCAGAAAAAGAAAUUUCCCGAGGACGGCAGUGCUCCCUAUGGGGCCAGGUACGUGGGCUCCAUGGUGGCCGAUGUACACCGCACCCUGGUCUAUGGAGGAAUUUUCCUGUACCCAGCCAACCAGAAGAGUCCUAAGGGCAAGCUCCGGCUCCUGUAUGAGUGCAAUCCUGUGGCCUUCAUCAUCGAACAGGCGGGAGGCCUGGCGACCACGGGCACCCAGCCAGUGCUGGAUGUGAGGCCUGAGGCCCUCCACCAGCGUGUCCCGCUCAUCCUGGGGUCCCCGGAUGAUGUGCAGGACUAUCUCACCUGUGUGCAGAGCAAUCAGGCAGGCAGGUAGUGAGUGGCCUGCGAGCCCUCCUCUCUUUGUCCUGUACCUUCUAUUCAGGACCCUGAGAGAAGGGAGAGUAGGGACAGGGGUGCUGAGCAGAAAAGGUGAACCACCUGGUCACUCCCAGGACGCAGCAGCAGAUGCUCGGGCUCCGGAAC